AUGGAUUUUUUGACAACUAAAACUGAUGGUAAAUGUUUACUCUUAACAGAUGCUAAUAAGAUUCCAAAUUUGGUGAUUAAUGGUUGUGUGGAAGAUGAAGAUAUGGACAAUCUUGUUGCAAAGAAAAUUAAAGAAUUGGGAGAAGAGAAGGUCAAUAAUUUGGGAAUGGAUGAUUUACUUAAACUUAUUCACAAUGAAACAUCCUCUGAAAAGGUUGCCCAAGUUAAAACCUUUGAAAUUGCCUCAACCAGAACUAAGAAUUUGAUGCAAUAUUCAACCUUAUCUGAUAUGCAAUGUGAUGAUUUUGUUUCAGCUCAGAAUGUCAUGACUAGAAAUGAUGAUUGUGAGGCAGAGAGCGAUUCAUUUGAUGAUUAUGGAGGUGUUUACUACAAAGCACCAACAAUGGAAAAGGUGGCAAAGGCCUAUUCCAGAAAUUUGAGAAAGUAA